AUGGUUGAUAAAUGGCAGGAUAACACAGGAAACUGCAAUGACACAAGAGGAUCACAAAAGGUUCAAGGUUCAAGGUUCAAGGAGUCUUUAUUAUCCCUGUGGGGCAAUUUGUUAAAAAAAUUACUUUAUUUUGACUUCUUUGCCGCACUGAUACAGUACUAUUUCAAGAAAAGCUGCCAUACUUUUUUUCUGGAUUUAAGGACAGAAAAUCUGAUACUUAUCAUGUUUUCAUUGAGGUACUUGGAAACAUUGGUUCUGAUCCUCUUCCUCACCAGUUUACAUAUAGAAGCUAAACCACUGAGAAAGAGAAGCAUCAGUGAGGUGCAGCUUAUGCACAACGUUCGGGAGCACAAACAAGUGGGAGACAGACAGGACUGGCUUCAGGAAAAGUUAAAGGGCAUAACUGUUGCCAGUGUCAAACCGCAACAUGGACAAUCAGGGAACAUUAAAAAUCUUUUCCCAAAUGUAGUUCUUGGACCACACCUGCGGAAAGGUUGAAUACAACCCAACUGUUAUCUUUAAUCUUACCAAACAGAGGCCUCAUGCAAAGUUUGAGGAUGUGGCAGUGAGAAAAUUUUUUCUAGCUGUUAUUAUUUUGUGUGUUUAUAUUUUCAUUCUUCAUUUUUUUAUUCAUUCAUGUUUUUGUUAUUUUCUUUUAAUUUAUUUCUCAUAGGUAUGUUAAAUAUCUAAUUCAUUUUUAAUUUAUUUAAUUUGUUUACAAUAUUUUGCAACUAUUAAAGGUAAUAUCUCAGGCCAUAUUGAAGAAAAAGAUUUCAUACACACAUUGUUUAAAAAGUUAACUAUUACCUCAUACUCUCCUGUUCUGACUACAGGUGUCAAAAUUAACUAUUUUUAAAUAAAUGCAGUUUAGUGUGUAUAGCAAUGUGAAAAUAAGGACCAACUACUGUAAGCAGCUAGUCUUACAUGCACUGUAUGUUAUUGUUUCACUUGCACAUAAUGCAUCCACUCAUGUAAUUACUUUUAAGGAGAGAAUUUUUUUUUUUAAUUCUAUUUUUGUUCUGAUCAGCACGUCAUUUUUGCUUGUACUUUGCUUGAGACUCAUAGUUCUCAUAGCUGUUUAUCCUCAACACUAUAAGCCGUCACCUCUUUGUUUUCUUGUCAUGAGCUGGAACCUACAAAAGCUCAACAGAGAUGCUUAUUGAGUCUAAAAUCAUCAUCCUAUCAUCUUACCUUGCAUUACAAACAAAUAACUUUAGAAUUUAAUUUACAUUUCAUGUCUGAAUCAAUACAUUGAAAUGGCAAUCAUUUCCACUGUGUUUCCUGAUAAAUAAGCAAAAGUUCUUCUUAUUUUCUCUUAUUCUGGUUCUCUGUUACAUAUUUCAGUUACUUUUUCAUCUCUCUGGAUCUCUAUAAAAAAUGUUUGAUAAAACAGCAAAGGGUCUG